CCUGAUUGGCUGAAAAUGACGUCAACCUGUUUUUUUGUUUCACCCGCUGAACCAUGACCUCAUCCUUAGUUCAUGUAAGUGCUAAAGUGCACCUUCUGAGUUGCCGCGAUUUGCUAAUACCUAAAUGCUAAUCCACCCCGCCCCCUGUCAUCUGAACUGUCGUUUUUUUCUUUCUGCUGAGCAAUAUCUUUGAAUGAUUGUUUUUAUUCUAAAGCUGUCACUUCUCGAGCGGCGACGGUGACAGCUGUACGGCAGGCUACCCUUGCCCUCGACCCCCAUGAUAAGUAAACAAUGACCCCCCUUUAGCACUUGAAUGCAGCAAAAUGUCGCCCGGCUACCAACGCAAGGCUGUAUGAAAGCCCGUGGACGAAGAGGUAAGUGUAUGCAUAAUGAAGGUGCUGAUUCUAACAGUUUGCCUGAAACCAAGUGCAUUGCAUGAAUUUUCUCAUGAACGCAGCUAACGUCGGCUAGCCGCGCUGGCUCUCUGAGCGCCCCGGUCGCGCGCGGCGCGCUUGCGUCCCCCUGCCGCUAGUCUGCCCAUGCGCGUUCUGUCAUGCACCCGCUUUAUACAGGGGAAUAAACGUCAAACAAGGAAUUACCGAUGUUUUCAUAACAGCUUUUCCAAUUGGUUUAUGUGAACCUCGUUUCAAGGCAUCAUGGACCUCCUGAAGAAAUCGGCUCCGAUGGCCGCCUUCGUCCGCUGACCCCCCCCCCCUCCUCCUCCUCCUCCUCCGCCAUCGACCCCUCCACCCCCGCCCGCCGCCGUCCCUCCCCCCUUCUGCACCUCACGUGCGCAGACACAACCCCCGCCCCGAGGCUCGAUGGCCGGGGAGAAAGGGCCGGGUAAGCAGCGCGGCGGCGCCAUGGACAUCAAGCGGCUGGCGGGGCUGAUCCAGCGCGGCUCGGCCCGCCUGCUGGUCAUCGACAGCAGGACCUUCUCCGAGUACAACGCCUCGCACGUGCAGGGCGCGCUGAACGUCUGCUGCUCCAAGCUGGUGAAGAGGCGGCUGCAGCAGGACAAGGUGUCCGUCACCGAGCUGCUCCAGCCCAACGGGAAGGGGAAGGUGGAGCUUGGAAGGAAACAGGAAGUGGUGGUGUACGACCAGAGUUCCAAAGAGGCGGGUCAUCUGUCCAAAGAUGGCUUCUUGCACAUUCUCAUGGGCAAGCUAGAGGGCAGCUUCUAUCGCGUCUCGCUGCUGACAGGGUGAAGUAUAUUGAUUCUAGGUCGCAUAGAUUACGAUUGCAGCUCAAGAUGGUCCUGGAAAAUAAAAAGGUUGAGACCCUUGUUCUGUGUGAAGAACUGACUAGAAUAUACCUGGUAUUUUUGUUUCAUUAAUUUAUUAAAGCAAAACAAAAGUUAUUCAAUUAUGUUAGUUUCUCCUCUUCCAAUGAAGGGUUAUCUGCCUGACUGGGUGACAUCCCUGGCCUUAUUGCAUAGUAUAAAAACAACAUCGGUUGUUUAGAAGUCAUCAAGAAAUCGAUGCAAAAUCACUUUGUCCUUUUAUUCUUUGAGUGUUUUUUUUAAUGUACUUACUGAAGUAAUAUAUUAUCACUGCAAAACUGAUUCAUACAGCAUUGUGGUGUAUGAAGAUACUACUAUUAACAACAGGAUAAUGCCGGUCCGGUGUAUAGCAUCUAUCUGAAGAGCCUGCCCUUGGAGCGCUCCAGAGCAUUCGGUGUGUAAGGCUGCAGGCAUCCCUGGCAUCCAGGCCCUGCCCUCGCCUGCGUUUGUAUGAUUGAACAGAAAUAGUUUUGUUUAAAGUGUUACCUAGGUGUUGUCAACACGGCAGGUCAACAGAAGUUGAUCCUGCACAGCAUCUCUGACACGGGCCCCGAAGCAUGCUUCUGCUGAAUUAUGUUUAAUUUUACCCCGAACUUCAGGGUUAAAUCCAAACCGACCUCAGUAGUGCAUUCAUCAAACAUUGGCUCUGCACUUCAGGAAAUGAAACCAAAACCUUAUAUUCACUUUUCAAUAUGUGUAAUAUCCAUUCCAGUGCCUAUUUUCACAGAAGCAUGACGACUAGAACUACCUAGUUGAUAUUGACACUGUGGCCUAGUCCGAUUUGUCUGAACUACGGUCUCCCACUCAAUAACAAGGCACCCCUCGACGCAAUGUUCCCCGCAAACAGAACUGAAAUAAAGUACAAAACGGGCCAUCCCGACGUCACGGAGCCAGCCCCUUCACUCACUCUGUUGGUAGUGAGGGUUAUGCCCGCAUAGUCUGUGGCCAUCUGGAGGGAGAACCCGGUACUACAGCUCAUGUAGACUCAGGACAC